AACUGUUUCAUCACCCAUUCCUGAGGGUACAGCUCUGCCACCGGUACCACGUUGUUGGCCCUGAGUCAUUUCCUAGUGUAGACAGGGAGGUAGGCAUGGAAAGCGGGGCCAUGUGGGACAGUUUUGCCUUGAUUUGCAAAUGUGCAAUUUGGUUUUCUAAGUCUGGUGUCCCAGUGUUCAGCUAUUUUUAAUAUGUCCAACCUCCUUUGCAGUGUAGAGUUCAUGAGCAGGGGAAAGUAGCGAGAUCUGUAAAAAAACUGAUGAAUGAGAUUUUAAAUGUCUCAUGGAUCAAGUCUCGGAAUGUUUCUCGGGUGAGAAACUUACGUAUUAAGUAGAUAAUGCAGGUCCUUGUUGCAAUGAGGAUUGUGUUGAGUGUGAGGUUUGGUUUCGGUUCUUUAAAGGGGCCUAGGUCCCAAUCCUGCAAACACUUAAGUGUGCGAAUAACUUUACUCCCAUGAGUAGACCCAUUGGAUUGUUUGCAGGACCUGGCCCAAUAUUCCAUCUGGAUUAGGCCCGAUGUUGCAUAAUAAUUAUUUUUAAAAGGUCUGAGAAAGCCUCAUGUUAAUGGAUGUGCAUUCAUGAUUUUUUAUUUUCAAUCAAAAUUAGAUUUAGGUGAAAAGAAACAUUGAUACCUCUUGAAAUUUUAUUUAAAGUCCCAGGUCCUGGAGUCAGGUGAUUAUCUGAGCAACUCCGUUUUCAUUUUAAAAAGAAAUUCUAGCCUUUGUGGUUAUGGGCAAAAGCUUGCAAAUGUGACCUGAGUGCCCCAUGAAAGCUCAAAACACCAGCAAAUAAAAUGUGUUGUUUUAAAAAUAAAUCUUAUUUUUUUCAAUCAAUCACAUGGGUGGUUUUGCUGGACUUCUGAUUUUUCAAUAUUUUGGGUUAGCACUAUUGUGUAAUCUUUCCCCCAGAGAUUGCAACAAUGUAGGAAGCCAGGAGAAUCUGAAAGUGAAACUACAGUGAAACUAGCAAAUAGUUAAGUUGGCAGAGUUCUGUGGGUGAAAACUAAAGGUUCUUACAUGAUGAAAGAAAAAUUGGAUUUAAAAAAUCCUUUCAUUUGGCAAUAAUUAACAACAUUAUUCACAGAGGACCCCGAUAUCCGGGCAGAUGGACAUCAUGCUGCCUGAGGGAGACCCUAAAAGGACAGGGGAGAAGGUCAGAAGCCAGGAGCCGGGAGAGAAUCCUUCAGUCACACUCUUCCGAGAGUACCUGAGACUCAAGACAGUCCAGCCUGAGCCCAACUACGAUGUGGCCGUGCGGUUCCUGGAGCGGAUUGCAGCCGAGCUUGGCCUGGGGUGUCAGAAAGUGGAGGUGUGCCCGGGCCGGGUUGUCACCAUCAUGACCUGGCAGGGCACGGACCCGCAGCUCCGCUCCAUCCUGCUGAACUCACACACAGAUGUCGUGCCGGUAUUUGAGGAGCACUGGACCCAUGACCCUUUCGAAGCCUUUAAGGACUCUCAGGGUAACAUCUACGCCCGCGGAGCCCAGGAUAUGAAGUGUGUCUCCAUCCAGUACAUCGAGGCCAUCCGGAGGCUGAAGGCUGAGGGGAAGCGCUUCCCCCGAACGGUUCACAUGACAUUCGUGCCUGACGAAGAGAUCGGGGGCUGCAAGGGCAUGGAGCUGUUUGUGAAGCGGCCUGAGUUCCAGGCUCUCAACGUCGGCUUCGUUCUGGAUGAAGGCCUGGCCAACCCAACAGACGCCUUCACUGUGUUCUACGGGGAGAAGUGCGCCUGGUGGAUUAAAGUCAAGUGCGAGGGGAACCCAGGCCAUGGAUCCCGGUUCAUUGAGAACACGGCUGCUGAGAAGUUGAACAGAGUGAUCACCUCCCUCCUGCAGUUCAGAGAGAGUGAGAAGCAGAGACUGAAGUGUGAUGAGCACCUCACCCUGGGCGACGUCACCUGCCUCAACCUGACCAUGCUGAGUGGGGGUGUCUCCUUCAAUGUCUUGCCCUCAGAGCUGUCCGCCACCUUUGACAUCCGCAUCCCACCCACUGUCAACUUGCAGGCAUUUGAGGAGCAGCUCACAGCCUGGUGCCGGGCAGCUGGAGAGGGUGUCACCUACAAGUUCUACCAGAAAUACAUGGAUCAGACAGUGACCUGCACCGAGGAGUCUGACCCGUGGUGGAAGGCAUUCAGUAGGGUUUGCAAAGACAUGCACAUGACGCUGAAGCAUGAGAUCUUCCCGGCCGCCACGGACAGCCGCUUUAUCCGAGCAGCUGGUCACCCGGCCCUUGGCUUCUCCCCCAUGAACCGGACCCCGGUGCUGCUGCACGACCACAAUGAGUACCUCAACGAGCAGGUCUUCCUGCGGGGCAUCGAGAUCUACGCCUGCCUCCUCCCCUCCUUGGCCAGCGUCCCCCCUCUGCCGGCGGAGGGCUGAGGGGCACAGCGGAGGGUGGGGGAUACUAAAGCGAGAGACGGGGAGUGAAAAUUCAUGGGGGCAAUGGACAUACAGGGGCUGGGGUAAGAAGCAGCUGCCUGGGAGUGGGCAGGACUCCAGGGUUCCUGGGUGGCAGCGUCAUUUACAGAACCACCUGGCUGUGCCAGCCCGGAGGGGCAGAUGCCUGUUGUGUCCAGGGGGAGGAGCAGCUUGUGUCCCUGCUUGUGCUCCAGGUGCUCUGGGCCUGUCCCUGGAUCCCUAUGAAAUUACAGCCGGUGCCCAGCUUUCCAGCCCAUGGCUCUGCAAGAUUGGGGGUGGGGGAAAGGCUGCACCCCGGGGGUAUGACAUGCCAGACUUUCUCCCAUUGCUUGCACUGGAGGUGGGGAAUACACCUUGAGUGCCCCAUGCCCUCCACCCUGCAUUUACCUCCUCUGGCUCCUGGAAGGGCCCCUCACCACAUUGCAGCAGUAACACAAGCCUUCCCCUCCCAAGUGGGGUAGGCCUGGGUCCUACCCACUGGGGUCAAUGCGGGUUGGGGGCAGGGUUCCAUUCCCCUUGCUGCAUCUCUCCAUCCCAACCCCUCCCCAGCCCCAGAGCCCCUCUCCCUGCUGCUUCCAGCCCCAGAGCUCUGCAGAGCCACCCCCAGCCUCCAGGGAUUAACUGGGAUCAUGGGGCAACCCUUGGGGAGCCUGCCCCUCCCUUGGGCCCCCCUUGGCUCUCUCUGGCUGCCGAGUGGCUCUCCCUGCUCCCGGGGCUAAGCAGCACCACUUGCCCCAGGCAGGGCGGGGAGUUGGAAGGGGAUGUAGCUGUGGAUGGAUGCAGGCAUUGAGAGCAGGGUGGCCUAGUGGAUAAGGGACUGGACUGGGGCUCAGGAGAGCUGGGUUCCACUUCUGGCUCUAGUCCAGACUCCCUGUGUGAUCCUGGGUGAGUCACCUGAGCUCUAUGUGUCUCCGUUCCCCAGAUCAUCAUACCCCCCAAGUCCCUGGCGCGCUGCUCUCAGACCCUUGGCUGGGUGACGCUAUGUACCUGCUGCCUACUCUCAUUAAACCACCGGCUGGAGAGAGGUGGCAGGAAAGCCGCUGGGAUGGCACCUCCUCCUGAGUGCCCCAGACUGUCACUGCCCAGCAAAGAGGGUUUGGGCCAAUUGCUGGCAAACUCCCGGCAGGAAGCAGCUCUGAGCUGGCAGUGGCGGGUCUGGCUCAGCAGGGGGCGGUGUUUCUCAGCCAUACUGGGGCUAGCAGCAGGGCUGUGGAGGGAGGGGGUGCUCAAGUCCCCUGGCAGUGUGACCAUGCUGUGAAUUUUCAUUCCUUGGGGCAGGGCCGCUGGGCACAGCGCUCUGCCCACAUGGUGGUGGUAGUGGUGGUAAUUGCUGUCUUAAUGAAUCAUUGCAUCGGUGAAUGCAAAUCAGAGUGCAGUGCAUGGAUGGGCUACUGCGCGUGGUAGCCUGGAGUCCUAGGCCGGAGGACUGGCCCUGUCUCGGUGUGCAGACGUGUCUUCUAGCACAUCAGAAAGCCUCAAUGGGGACUCACGUUCCAGAUCCCCAAUCCCUAGCUCCAGCUCUCUGGCUGCAGCCCCAUCACCCAGAUGGGAUCUUGCUGCAGUCAGGGGCCGGUGGCUACGAGCAGGGGGUUGAUGCUCAGGGACAAUGUGCCACCCUUGCCCUUGCCCACCUACCUGCAGUACCCCAUUGCCCCUCUGUGAGCCAGUCAUGGAGUGAGAGAAACCCUGAUGCUCCUGGCCAGGCCUCUGCCUGGUGGAUGGGCAUAGGGAGGUUGGCAUCCUGCUGGGGGAUGGGACAAAUUCCAAGGGGCAUACUGCCAGCCUACGGCCCAGUGGUUAGGAUGGGCUGAUGCUGAGCAGAUCCCUUGCGGGGUCUGGGGAAAGUAGGAGACCUACAGAGGUCUCUCCUCAGGUGUGCCUGUGGGGGGGGGGGGCGGUCAUCCCACCCAUGCUCCCUCAUCCCAGUGUUAACACCAGUUGUUUGGGCUGGGAGAUCAGGUCCGGUUCUCUGCCGAACUUGUGCCAAAGCUGCCAGCUGUCGGUGUGUGUCUCCACAGUGCUUGUGAUUUUACUAAAUAAAGCUGUUUGAUUGGAAA